AUGCCUUCCAUUAUGAAGAUUCUGCUUUUCUUGUCCAGUGCGCUGGCUACCUCCCUCUCUGUUUUAGUGUUGGGAUACUCCAUGUCAACACAGUGGGCUGAGACCACCAUGGAGUGCACAAGAAGAGGAGAUACCUUCACCAAUGGGAGUGCUCUGAUCACUUGGAAGCUUUUUGAGGGGGAUUUGAACAGAGACUAUUGCCCCUUGUUCGGAAAAGCAGAGAAAUUUGAAGUGAUUCCUAAGUUGGUGGAAACAGGAGAAGUUCCCUCUGUGGUCCUUCACGCUUUGGUGUUGUGCCUGUUGGCCCUGUGUCUGCUGUUUUCUGCCUGCAGCAUCCUUAUCUCCCUGUACAACAGUGUCAGCAACCCAUAUGAGACCUACAUGGGGCCGAUUGGCUUAUAUGUCUGCAGCUCGCUCAGUGCAUGUUUGUCUGUAUUGGUCCUCAUCCUAUUUGCGGUGAACCUGACAGUGACCAGAAUGGCAGAGAAGUUAGUAAAGCACUCGGCGGGAAUUACUCCAGCAGACCUGAGGAACGAGUCGACAGAGAUGAUGCUCGGAUACUACCUGGUCAUCCCUUACACAGUGCUCUCACUGGUAGCCAUCGCUGUGAUCUACAUCUACGACCAGGCAGCCUACACACACCGGAGAGAACAGCAGAGGCCUACAGAGGACGCCCCCAAGGAGAUCAUGAUGUAUUAG